ACGACGCUCACGUAGUCCGGUGGUGGCAGCCUCUCCUGCCACCUCCCUGCAGACUCUCCGAUGCAGCGAACCAGCUGGGGAGGGGGCUUCCCCACGGUCCAAAAGGGUUCUAGCCUGUUCCUCUAACCCAAUGAUGGCUGUGGACAUAGAGUGCAGGUACAGCUGCAUGGCCCCUUCCUUGCGCAGAGAGAGGUUCGCCUUCAAGCCUUCGCCAAAGCCAAGCAAACCACUGAGGCCUUGCAUUCAGCUGAGUAGCAAGGAUGAAGCCGGCAGAAUGGUGGCCCCCACCGUGCAGGAGAAGAAGGUGAAAAAGCGGGUGUCCUUCGCAGACAACCAAGGGCUGGCCCUGACAAUGGUCAAAGUGUUCUCGGAAUUCGAUGACCCGUUAGAUAUUCCGUUUAACAUCACUGAGCUCCUAGACAACAUUGUGAGUCUGACGACAGCAGAGAGCGAGAGCUUUGUUCUGGAUUUUUCACAGCCUUCCGCAGAUUACUUAGACUUUAGAAAUCGGCUUCAGACCGACCACGUAUGCCUUGAAAACUGUGUGCUGAAAGACAGAGCGAUUGCUGGCACAGUGAAAGUGCAGAACCUGGCGUUUGAGAAGACGGUGAAAAUACGGAUGACAUUUGACACUUGGAAAAGCUUCACAGACUUUCCCUGUUGGUAUGUGAAGGACACCUACGCUGGUUCAGACAGGGACACGUUCUCCUUUGACAUUAGCUUACCUGAGAAAGUUCAGUCUUACGAGAGAAUAGAGUUUGCUGUGUGCUUUGAGUGCCGCGGACAGACUUACUGGGACAGCAACAAAGGCAAAAACUAUAGGAUCAUCCGGGCUGAACUGAAAUCCUCUCAGGGAACAGCCGAGCCACAGAACGGACCAGAUUUUGGAAUAUCCUUUGACCAGUUUGGAAGCCCUCGGUGUUCCUACGGUCUGUUUCCAGAGUGGCCUAGUUAUUUAGGAUACGAAAAGCUAGGGCCCUACUACUAGUGACUGUGCGUGACAGAGCGCGGCUGAGUGGGUCCUGGGAAGUCUAGCUGCAGUCACAGGCAGGCAGAGACGGAGCCAGAGAGCAGCUGAACUGCCAUUAGGCACAGUUUUUGAAAAUGAAAGGAUCCUACUCACUUUUUUCUGAAGCCAGCAAAACCCAGCCAGGGUUAGAUCUCACGGCUGGUUUCGCACGCCAGGGUAGAUGCAGGGUGCUGGUCUGCUCGGCACCUGCGGCAGCCUCGAGGGUCGGAGCAGGAGACCAGUGUGGGAAGGGCCUGGGCGGGAACCAGCCUUGCGGGCAGUGCUGGAGAAGCUGGAGGGCAGUGGCUUCGAAAUGAUGCAACCAGGAGCGUGAUCCGGCUGCCUGGAGGGGCCGCGCCUCCCUCCCCGUGAUGUGGAAAAUCAGUCACCUGAAAGUCACUCCGUGCUCAGUCGCCUCCCAUUGGACCCUUGCGGCUCAUCUUUGCGCGCUGUCUGCCCAGCCGGGUCGCCCCCCCCACCUCCCACCCCUUGCUGCUGCUGUUCCGGGUCUCCAUGUACUUCACGCUUUAUCUCUGUGCUCUUUUUUUUUUUUUUUUGCAUUUUAUUAUCGUCCACAGCUCAUCUGAUGCCGAGGAAGAGAUAAGCAAGGCAAAUUAGCCUGUGCCGAAGACAGCCAUUUCCUCUUUCUGACCCCACAGAGCGUCCAGCAGAGAACGAUGCCCCAGUUAGCAAAAGUAACUGGCUCCAGUGCUGGGUUACAGACUGUGACAGGCAGGACAGUCUGGGUGGGACACGGGUAGCAUGUCCGCUUGGCGUCUGGGGGAGCUUUCGAAGUACUCGCUCCUGAGUCACCAGACGGCUCCGUUAUAGGAUUUGUUUGAACUUGCUCGCUGGUUUGCAGGCACCCCAUUCUUCACAAAGGGAUUUGAGACUCUCCUUUCCUCGAGAGCCCUCCUUCCUGCCGUGUUCAGGACAUUGUGAUUUGCAGAUCCCAUCUAUCCUCAAAGCCUUCAGUGGGUGUUUGGUCUAACGCUGACCGUGAUCUGCGACACCCAGGCCUCUUUCCGAGCACGCAGGGACUGUGACCUGGGGCUUCUUAUUUAUGGAGUGCAAGUGCAUAAAGGGAUCAGGGAGAAAAACCUCACCAAGUUCUCACAUUUUAUUUUCCAUGUUUGGAGACUCUGAAAUAUGAGGUUACUUGUUCUUAACCAUAUUGGACUAAUGCAUUAAAAGUUGUCGGUU